GAGGGAGGCGCACCAGGAGGGACCUAGGGGCCUGGAGGGACUGGAGCUCAGAGCUCCAGGGUGCACCUGAAAGCUUGGCGGCAGCAAAACCGCUUCUCCGGAGCCGCCAAGCUGGAGAUGGAACUGGAGUUCCACGGGGCCGGGGCCCCGGCCAGGACAGAGCCGAAGACGGUGGGGGUGUCCGCGCGGAGCAGCCGGGCCGCGAACGUGCUGCGCUGGUUCACCACCGUGAUCGUGUUUGCCACCUUCCUGGGGCUGGGACUGGGUGUCGCUAUACUGGGACCCACCUUUCAAGAUUUGGCGCGGAAUGUAAACAGAAAUAUCAGCAGUCUUUCACUAAUUUUUGUGGGCCGUGCCUCUGGAUUUCUGUGUGGCUCUAUGAUUGGUGGAGUUCUUUUUGACUGUAUGAAUGAUUUUUUACUCAUGGGGAUGUCAAUGUUAGCUACUACAGUUGGUCUUUACAUUAUUCCUUUGUGCAAGAGAGCAGUAUUACUGAUAGUCAUGAUGUCUGUCCUUGGCACUUCAAUAGGUAUUCUGGAUACAGGUGGUAACAUCCUCAUUUUGGCUCUUUGGGGGGACAAAGGAGCCCCACACAUGCAGUCAUUACACUUUGGUUUCGCCUUGGGUGCUUUUCUGGCUCCACUUCUGGCUAAAUUGGCACUGGGUACCUCAGUGUCUGCUGAAAACCACACAGAGCCUGCCUUUCAGCCUCCAGCCACCAAUGGAUCAUCUGAAGCUGACUCAGCGCCUCUGUUUGGAUUGCCUGAUGACAUGAAUCUAUUCUGGGCUUAUGCUUUUAUUGGUGCUUAUAUUUUCAUAGUGUCUGUCUUCCUGUUUGCUCUGUUUUUUAAGAAAAGCUCAAGGCAGGAAAGAGCAAAAGUAUCUGCUCAGGCAUAUCGAAGAGCUGAAUAUCACAAGACCCUUCUCUGCCUCCUUUUCGUGUUCUUCUUUUUUUAUGUUGGAGCAGAGAUAACAUAUGGCUCCUAUAUUUUCUCCUUUGCCACCACCUAUGCUGGCAUGGAAGAAAGUGAAGCCGCUGGGUUGAACUCCAUCUUCUGGGGGACCUUUGCAGCCUGCAGGGGCCUGGCGAUCUUCUUUGCUGCCUGUCUACAGCCGGGCACCAUGAUUGUGUUGAGCAACAUUGGCAGCCUGGCUUCAUCUUUAUUUCUGGUGCUUUUCAACAAGAAUCCACUUUGUCUCUGGAUUGCCACUUCGGUGUAUGGGGCCUCAAUGGCAACCACGUUUCCCAGCGGUAUUUCCUGGAUUGAGCAGUACACUACCAUAAGUGGGAAAUCAGCAGCCUUUUUGGUAAUUGGUGCAGCCCUGGGAGACAUGGCUAUUCCUGCUGUAAUUGGUGUUGUUGAAGGACAAUAUCCAGACUUGCCUAUUGUUCUGUAUUCCUGUUUAGGAUCAGCAAUAUUCACUGCUGUUAUAUUUCCUGUGCUGUAUAAAUUAGCCACCUUGCCUCUGGAUCGCCAGCGAAAAGCUAACAGAAUGAGUGAGGACAAGAAAGCUGUGCCCUCUAUUUCUAGGCUAUAAAAAUAGAAUAAAGAGGGGGAUGCAUAAAAAUGGGAUGAAAUGGAUUUUGAAGUGUUUUGGAAUGAAUGACACAAUGAGUCAUCCUUUAAAAGAGAUGUGGAAAUAUUUUGUUACAACUCGUGGUCAGUCUCCAAUCUCUUCCAAUCUCUUCAGAUGUGCUAACCUUUGCAUCUUCUGCAAUUAAUACUGGUGAUUCAUCUAUGAAGCACCUUGCCAGAAGUUAGGACAAAAAAGGGGCAAACACUUAGGGAAGAUGGAUUAUUUAUGUACUGCCCUGAAUAAUUACCACUUUUGAAAAAGCCAGCCACAGGAGAGCAUUCACAGAUUUUCAACAUGCUCUGGGGACAUUGAAAUAGGAUGUCUGUUCCAUUUGUAGCAAAUGCUAAAAAGUUACAAAGUGUUGCAUACUUCCCAGAGUCUUCCAUAAACUACCAAGUAGUAUCUAGUCAGGAGACUAGUGUUUGGCAUAAAGCUGAUUAAGUAAUAUUUUAUGGUCUAUACCUUUCAGAACGUGCCAAGAAGCCAUUUGUUUGAGAACUUGGGUAAUGUCCUAAAAGAGCAAAAUGAGGGAGGAAUGGAUUGGAUUUGCUGUGUAAAUAUCCAUGCAUCCGUAACCCUGGAAAGUUCAGUAGUUUCAUGAAAGAACAUCUUUGGUGGAAUAAAUGCUUUUAUUAAUUGCUUUACCUUACCUGUAGGGUUAGACCAAAGAAUGCUAUGGACUCACUUGAUUUUUGAUUUCCAUGAAGAGAACACAGCAGGGCCCAGGAGACCUGGCUCUACACUGAGAGACUUAACAUGUCUAUCAUGUCCUGAUCUGUGAUUCGAGAAAUGAAAAUGAAAUGGUUGCCUAAGAAAAUCCAUAAAUUUCAAAGUUCCUACAACACAUCUCCUAAAUUAACCCAUGUGUCAGUCCAUCCUUUGUUUUUAAUGAGAAAUGAAACAAAAAUUUUAAGUAUAUGCUACCAAUAAUGAGUAGGUUCCAAUUUAAUAUACUUAAUUUUAAUAUAUUAUUUGAAUAAAUUUUUUGAAGAAUAACUUUUUGGUGCUGAAUUUAAUUGAUCCUAAGACAUUCAUUUUUACCACACUUUUAAAAUCUCUGACAUCAGGAUAUACCUUCCAAUCAGUGAUCAUUAAUAUUGUGGCAAAGUUAGUUCCAUGUUCCCCCUAUACAUAUAUAAAUAUAUAAUAAUGCUCUAUUUUACAAUCACUAUCUCAGAUUCAGUUAAAUACAGUAAUUCUUUCCAUUAUGGAUAUUAAAGAGUUUUGCAGAGUU